UAUAUUAGCAAAGAACAGAGAGGGGAGAGUUAAUAACACUGGUUAACAGAACACUGGUCCAGAAGCUGAGAGAAUUGUGUACUAGCUCUAGCUCUCCCACUAACCUGCUUUUUACUCAAAAUGAAUUAUUAACUACCUACUAUAUGUAGGCCCUGGCUUUGCAGUGAAAAAAACCUGGCACGGUGCCUGCAUCCUUGAAGCUUACGGUUCAGUGGGAGGAGCAUUAAGCAAAUAGAAAAUUAAACAAAAAAUUGUGGUAAAAUGUUAUCUAGAGAAAUUGGGAGACAAGAAGAAAACAAAGAGUAGGACCUACUUUAAAUAGAUAACAAGCACUCCUUGUUGAAGGAAACAACAAUUAAACAAAGCUAAAGAACAAAUGAGCUAGUCACGUGGAAGUCCGACAGAUCAUUCUAGGCCACAGUAAUGGCACACGGAAAAGUGAGAAAUUCAACCAGUAUAGCUGGAUUGCAGUGAUCAAGGGAGAGCCAUACAAGAGGAGGCCGGUAAGGGCAACAGGUGCCUUUUACUCAGAAGCAGACGACAGAAACAGCAGGAUGGUGGUGGAUUAGCAAGAGUUCUGAUUUAGACACUUUAGGUGUGACGUGCCUAUCAGACAUCUACUGUCGGGCCGCUGGAUACAUGCAGAAACUGAAGUUCCUGGGUAAGCUACCCGCUGUGGCACAGCAGCCAGCAGUAUUCUACCUUGUAAAUACUGUUAUUUGUAUAUACUGUAAAUGAUGACAUCGGUGGGCACUAACCGAGCCCGGGGAAACUGGGAACAGCCUCAAAACCAAAACCAGACACAGCACAAGCAGCGGCCACAGGCCACUGCAGAACAAAUUCGACUUGCACAGAUGAUUUCGGACCAUAACGAUGCUGACUUUGAGGAAAAAGUGAAACAAUUGAUUGAUAUCACAGGCAAGAACCAGGAUGAAUGUGUCAUUGCUUUGCAUGACUGCAAUGGAGAUGUCAACAGAGCCAUCAAUGUACUGCUGGAAGGAAACCCAGAUACGCAUUCCUGGGAGAUGGUCGGGAAGAAGAAGGGAGUUUCAGGACAGAAGGAUGGUGGCCAGACGGAGUCCAACGAGGAAGGCAAAGAAAAUCGAGACCGGGACAGAGACUAUAGUCGGCGACGUGGUGGGCCACCAAGACGUGGGCGAGGUGCCAGCCGUGGACGAGAGUUUCGGGGUCAGGAAAAUGGAUUGGAUGGCACCAAGAGUGGAGGGCCUUCUGGAAGAGGCACAGAAAGAGGGCGAAGAGGUCGCGGACGAGGCAGAGGUGGCUCCGGUAGGCGGGGAGGAAGGUUUUCUGCUCAAGGAAUGGGAACCUUUAACCCAGCCGAUUAUGCAGAGCCAGCCAAUACUGAAGAUAACUAUGGCAAUAAUAGCGGCAAUACGUGGAACAACACUGGCCACUUCGAGCCAGAUGAUGGGACGAGUGCGUGGAGGACUGCAACCGAGGAGUGGGGAACUGAAGAUUGGAAUGAAGAUCUUUCUGAGACCAAGAUCUUCACUGCCUCUAAUGUGUCUUCAGUGCCUCUGCCUGCAGAGAAUGUGACAAUCACUGCUGGUCAGAGAAUUGACCUUGCUGUUCUACUGGGGAAGACACCGUCUUCAAUGGAGAAUGAUUCCUCUAAUCUGGAUCCAUCUCAGGCUCCUUCUCUUGCCCAGCCUCUGGUUUUCAGUAACUCGAAGCAGAGCACCAUAUCACAGCCUGCUUCAGGGAGCACGUUUUCUCAUCACAGUAUGGUGAGCAUGUUAGGGAAAGGAUUUGGUGAUGUCGGCGAAGCUAAAGGCGGCAGCACCACGGGCUCCCAGUUCUUGGAGCAGUUCAAGACUGCGCAGGCCCUGGCUCAGCUGGCCGCCCAGCAUUCCCAGUCCGGAACCGCCACCACCUCCUCUUGGGACCUGGGCUCCACCACGCAGUCCCCUUCGCUGGUGCAGUACGAUUUAAAGAACCCAAAUGAUUCAACAGUGCACAGCCCCUUCACAAAGCGCCAGGCUUUCACCCCAUCUUCAACCAUGAUGGAGGUGUUCCUUCAGGAGAAGCCACCUGCAGCAGCUACCUCCACAGCUGCACCUGCACCCCCCUCUUCUCCGCUGCCAAGCAAACCUGCCUCGGCGCCACAAAUGUCCCCUGGGUCUUCAGACAACCAGUCCUCCAGCCCUCAGCCGGCUCAGCAAAAACUGAAGCAGCAGAAGAAAAAAGCCUCCUUGACUUCUAAGAUUCCUGCUCUGGCUGUGGAGAUGCCUGGCUCGGCAGAUAUCUCAGGGCUAAACCUGCAGUUCGGGGCCUUGCAGUUUGGGUCGGAGCCUGUCCUUUCUGAUUACGAGUCCACCCCCACCACGAGCGCCUCUUCAAGCCAGGCUCCGAGUAGCCUCUAUACCAGCACGGCCAGCGAGUCUUCGUCCACAACGUCAUCCAACCAGAGCCAGGAGUCCGGGUAUCAGAGUGGCCCAAUUCAGUCAACAACCUAUACCUCCCAAAACAGUGCUCAGGGCCCUCUGUAUGAACAGAGAUCCACACAGACUCGGCGGUACCCCAGCUCCAUCUCUUCAUCACCCCAAAAGGACCUGACUCAGGCAAAGAAUGGCUUCAGUUCUGUGCAGGCCACGCAGUUACAGACCACGCAAUCUGUCGAAGGUGCUACAGGCUCUGCCGUGAAAUCUGACUCACCUUCCACUUCUAGCAUCCCCCCACUCAGCGAAACGGUCUCUGCAGCCUCCUUACUGACGACGACCAAUCAGCACUCGUCCUCCCUGGGUGGCUUGAGCCACAGUGAGGAGAUUCCAAAUACUGCCACCACACAACACAGCAGCACGUUGUCCACGCAGCAGAACUCCCUGUCCACAUCAGCAUCUUCCGGGCGCACUUCGACGUCCACUCUUCUGCACACGAGCGUGGAGAGUGAGGCGAAUCUCCAUUCUUCCUCCAGCACUUUCUCCACCACGUCCAGCACGGUCUCUGCACCCCCCGCAGCGGUCAGCGUCUCCUCCGGUCUCAGUAGUGGCAGUAGCCUGGGCCUCAGCCUCGGCAGCAGCUCCACCGUCACGGCCUCGACACGAAGCUCAGUUGCCACGACUUCAGGAAAAGCUCCUCCUAACCUCCCGCCUGGGGUCCCGCCGUUGUUGCCUAAUCCGUACAUCAUGGCUCCGGGGCUGUUACAUGCCUACCCGCCCCAAGUGUAUGGUUAUGACGACUUGCAGAUGCUUCAGACGAGAUUUCCGUUGGAUUACUACAGCAUCCCGUUUCCCACGCCCACCACGCCGCUGACUGGGAGGGACGGUAGCCUGGCCAGCAACCCUUAUUCCGGUGACCUCACAAAGUUCGGCCGCGGGGAUGCCUCCUCCCCGGCCCCGGCCACAACCUUGGCCCAGCCCCAGCAGAACCAGACGCAGACACACCACACCACACAGCAGACGUUCCUGAACCCGGCGCUGCCUCCCGGCUACAGCUACACCAGCCUGCCGUACUACACAGGGGUGCCGGGGCUCCCCAGCACCUUCCAGUACGGGCCUGCCGUGUUCCCUGUGGCUCCUACCUCUUCUAAGCAGCAUGGCGUGAACGUCAGCGUGAAUGCAUCGGCCACCCCCUUCCAGCAGCCAAGCGGGUACGGGUCUCACGGAUACAACACUGGUGUGUCAGUCACCUCCAGUAACACGGGCGUGCCAGAUAUCUCGGGUUCUGUGUACUCCAAAACCCAGCAGUCCUUUGAGAAACAAGGUUUCCAUUCCGGUACUCCUGCCGCCUCCUUCAACUUGCCUUCAGCCCUGGGAAGUGGGGGGCCCAUCAAUCCGGCCACAGCUGCUGCCUACCCGCCCGCCCCCUUCAUGCACAUCCUGACCCCCCACCAGCAGCCGCACUCCCAGAUCCUGCACCAUCACCUACAGCAGGAUGGCCAGACGGGCAGCGGGCAACGUAGCCAGACCAGCUCCAUCCCGCAGAAGCCCCAGACCAACAAGUCUGCCUACAACAGCUACAGCUGGGGGGCCAACUGAGGCCCUGACCCUCCUCCCAGCCCCAUCCGCUGAGAGGGCUUCUCAGCCUGGCAACUAUGGAAACAGCAUCAGAGAGAGAAAGGAGUGUGGGGGUUCCGCCGCCCCCACCCCCAGGGGCCCGCCCCAUGCCUCAGCUUCAUGUCUGUCCAUUCCCACACCACCCCACUCUGUUGUAUGUAUGAUAGGAUUUGUAUUUUCUCCUUUCUUUUCUCCCUUUCCUCUCCUCCUUUCCCCUUGCAUUCAAGAUUAUGAAACUUUGCUGUGGGCCCUGCCCUUCCUUCUCCUCCUGUUCACCCUGGUGGUGUAUGGGGGACGGGGGAGGGGGGACCCCCAAAUAUAUAUCAGCCCAACAGCCCUGUGUCUCCUCCUUUAUUAUUAGGAAACAAAACAACAACAACAAAAAAAUGGCGUCAUGAAUAUGAACAGCAUUGUCAGAUGAAUUAGUUGAAGUUUUUUUUUUUGUACUGUGUCCUCAAAUUUAAUGGAUUAAUGUGUCUUGUAUAUAUAAAAAGAAAACCUCUACCUUCA